AUGCCCCAUCAAACCGAUAAUAUACUUCUCUCCAAGAUGAGCCAAAGAAUAAAGAAAGGAUUAAAAAGAAAGCCUCAUAUGUAAAAUUAGAGAAAAGAGUAAAAUUUGAUAUAUCACUAGAAAUUUGUAAAAAAAUCGCUAUAUUUAAAUGACUUAAAAUGAUGCUUCCACUCCAAUAAUUUAAGAAAGUUUGGGUCCUUUUCCAUAAAUAGGGGAAAAAUAAAUUUAGAUAUAGAUAUUUGCACAGAGAAAUGUGGAAAGUUUUAAUUUUCAUCAUUUAAAGGAGUUUCAAUAUGAUCUCUAUGAUUUAAAUUGCGAUGAAAAAGAUUAAGAAAUCUUAUGCUCAAAGACUUUCAAACUCGAUUAAAUUCAUGAAUACCAUGACAAUGAUGCUUGCUAUGAAAACCAUUCUGAAAAUAAUUUAUAAAGAUUUUGA